CUGACCACUCCGAACUUCUCCCUGAAAGAAAAUACUUGAUUGCUAUCCUGAUUCUAAGAUAUCAGGAUAUAUACCAACCAAUACUGGUAACCAGCCAAUCUAAACAAUGUCCGCAAACGACAUCCGAGGUCGACUAGCCCUAGUCACCGGCGCUUCAGGAGGUAUCGGUUCCGCCUGCGCCCACAAACUCGCCGAAAAUGGCGCCCACCUAGCCCUCACAUACUCCACCAAUGUCGCCGCGAUACAAUCUCUCCACAGAGAUCUGCAAACCCGUCAUCCCGAUCUCCGCAUCUCCAUCCACCAAGUCGACCUCCGCUCCGCUACCGACAUUACUUCCUUAUUCGACCAAAUCAUCGCCCAACAUAAUGGCCACAGCCCUGAUAUUCUCAUCUCCAACGCCGGGACCGGCAAGCGAAUUACAAAUAUCUGGGACAUCGAUCUAUCGGACUUCGACGAUAUGAUAACCACUAAUCUCCGCGCAUCUUUCAUCCUAGUCAAGGGCGUGGUCGAGCACAUGAAAGCGCAGCGCUGGGGACGCAUUGUUUUUAUGUCGUCUAUUGCGGCUUAUGGGGGUGGGAUUAAUGGAUGUCAUUACGCAGCCUCCAAGGGUGGUCUCACCGGCAUGAUGAAGAACCUUGCUACCAGAUUGGCUGAGUACAAUAUCAGUGUAAAUGAUGUUGCUCCUGCUAUGAUUGGGGAUACGGGGAUGAUUCCCAAUGCUGCAGCGGUGCCGGAGGUGGUGAAGGGGAUUCCGCUGGGGAGGUUGGGGACGCCAGAAGAGACGGCAAAUGUGGUUUUGAUGCUAGUUACGACCGGGUAUAUGACGGGGCAGAGUAUUUUGUUGGCGGGCGGGUUGAGGUGAUAAGGUCAUUAGUCUGCUUGAAGUGGUAGUUAGAAUUUGGCGUCAUGCGGUAUAUUUGAUGAUGAUUGAAAGUUUCAAUUGCUUCGAUUACUGUACAAGUAUCUUCUCUAAUUGAGUAAGCUUAAUGUAACAAUGGUGCGCGGAU